CACUCUUCUGUCGAAACUUGCCAGAGAAAGAGCCCACGCUUCUCUCUCUCUGGGCUCUUGUUUUUCUCUCGUGGCAGUUCCUUGUCCAGUGCGAAACGAGACGUUCAAGAAGAGGAAGAGUUUGCUGAUUACUGGUCACGCGAUGGAAGAAAACUAAAAAACCAAAUACCCAGUGAAAUAAUCAUCUUAAAGAGUUCACGUAUGCAAAUACGUGUUUAAAAAAAAAUUUUUUUUGAGUGAAACAAGUGAUCGAAAAAGAAACUUAAUUUAUUACCAGAGCUGGAAAGAGAAUAAUUGCAGACGACAAGCAGACAUAUUUUGUGAGAAUGGAAACACUCGUUCCGAGUACGUCAGUCUGAAUUGUUUUUCAGAAACGAAGAAAAAAAGAACGAAAACAUAAUCUAAAUCGAAAAAUAUUCAUAUUUUUUGAAGUGAAAAAAAAAUCAGGACAUGGAAACAAGUGAAAACCCCAGGUGUAGUCCGAGCAAAAAUUGCUAAGCAACCGAAACUGGCCAAACAGGAUGUGACAGUGAUGUGACAUUUAUAAGUUCCCUAUUAUUUUCUCGCUGACCGUUAACAACUAGACAACUGGUCUAAUUUUAUUGUUUCAAUUUCGCCCGUCCCCCAACACUUGGCAAUUAGCCGAUCACGAACGAAAUCAUCGUCCUAUUUAUUUCUUCUUGAAGUCAAUUGACGAAACGUGUCUGUGUAUUUUUGCCUCGGCAGUUGUUUGAGUUAGCCGAACAGCAAACCAGUGAUAGAAUUUAGAUAGGCCGUAUGUUUGAGUGUAAGACAAAUUGAAAUUUACAACAACAAAAACAAUUCGAAUUUGAAACAGUCAUGGGGAAUGCACGAGAAAUACGACGGAACAAUGAGACCGCCUUGGGUCCAGCACCGGCCGAACCACCUGCUCUACCUCCGCGACCUCUGGUCGAGAACAUCCCUAGCAACGCGAGAGUCGUUGAAAAUCAAGACGCAGCUUCAAACAACAACUGCAAUCCGUGCAGCAAGAAAUACGUUAUGCUGUGCGCUGCUUGCGGCGGAUUGGCCAUCAUCCUGGGCAGUUUGUUCGCCGUUCUCUACGUCGUCCUGCGAUCCUACACUUCGUCGUUGCACUACUUCGAGACUGUACCAUCCUACGUCGCUUCAGUCUCGUUGAUCGUUACGGGACUUUUGAUGCUUUGCUUCGGUUGGAGAAGGAACCGUUUCGGAUAUUUGGUGAAAUUAUGCGGGGCGUGCUGCCUUGUGUGCGCCGUUGUCUGCGUCGUCAUCACGGUCACCACGACGGUGGUGCACAUGAAUCGGCUGCAGACGCUGCGUGAGUGCGUCUACAAUGCCCGCGGCCGCUCGUGCACUUGCUUCACAGGUUCGUCCGCAGCUAUCAGAGGGGGAGGAGUUACCAAUGUCAACGGCCAGCAACAAGCAGCCGGAAUUGUUCCCAUCAUCGAUCCCACUCACGAUCAAGGUAGCGCAAAGUAUAUCUUUGCCGACACGCCAGACUGCGAAGUCGUUCACGGUGCCCUGUACGCCUGCCUAAGGGCCCUCUUUGGACUUUCGGUCAUCGGCAUCCUGGUCUCUUUAUUCAGCGGAAUGCUGGUCUACCAGCUCCUCGGGCACGAACGGAAGAAAAUGUAUUGGGAACAGUUGGAACUGAGAAGCCGCGCCCUAUUCCGGCGCUCCCACCAUCCGCCGCCCUGCUGCGGCUGCUGUCAAGACUGUCGGUUCGCUCCGGCCCCCAAUAACCCGAUGCUGGCCUGGCCAGCAUGGGACGUGUUGGAUGACAGUCGUUACUGGGGUCUUCACGGCGGCAACUUGUAUUCGCCCGGACCGUGUGCUAACGGAACGGGCGGCGCCAGCGGACAGGUCAACUGCAGUGGACAGGCGCAUGGCGUCAACUCAACUAAUGGAAGUUGUCCAGCUCAUCGAAGGCCAGCCGGCAACCCGGGAUGGAACUGGCUUCCAUGGCGCCCAUCUGUUUCAGAUAGCAGCGAUGUCAGCAGCACCGUACGAACAAGGAGGACAACGAAUGACCCAGGACCUGUCAUUAUAGGGCCAGAUGAUCAUUACGGGUUCCCUUUGAGUAGCAACAGCAGCAAUUAUCGUUCACCCUUGGCAUUGACGACGGCGACGAGCCCCGUGACUGGGCAAGAAAGAGUGGCUGGAUGGGGCCCUCCUCCACCGUAUUCGAGAGGAAGCACAAGUGAACUGGGCUCCAUAUCUGCAUCGACGCCGAUUGGAAGCCUUUCGCCAGCGCAUCGAAGCCCAGUGUCGACUAAAGAUCAGCACGCCGGGCUGGGCUCGUCUUCGACGGCGAGUAGCAGCGCCGCUGGUGGAACAAGCAAAGACAGUUCGUUACGAAAAGACCAGCGAGCCGCCGGCUUCUCCAGCAAUUUACCAGGCCGCCAGCAGCAGAACAAGAAUAUGGUCUCGGGCGUUCACCCGUCACCAGUAAGUCGGAUGAAUAUAGAUCCACGCCGGAUGCCGUGGAGUCCGCAGACGGCUGGUAUCACGCCUGUCAUCUCUAACGGGCAGGGCGGUUCGCUAUUGACUAGAAAUAUUCCAGCGGCACAACAAACAGGAUCGCCAUCUGGUAGAAGAGAUUUGAGCGGAGGUAAACUGGUGCCCGAGUCGGAGCUCUACUUCGCUGAUACGUCCUCGUAUGCCGUGUCAGUCAACCAUGACGGCAGCAACUCGUCUGCCAUGUAUGAAGAAAUCCACGGACACCGAUACGACAAAAUUCAGCGUCCUGUGGCCAAAGUCACAAGCAUCCGUAGCGGCGGCAAACCCUGCCAAAGAUCCAGCUGGGACGGCCAGAAUCAACGACCGCCACCCGCCGUCCACUCGAUAGUUGGAGGGCAACCGCGAUCGCGACACAGUGCCGACACUGUUAGCAAAGAGAAAAUGUUCUCUCCGAUCGUUGUGCCCAAAUUCAUCAAUUGCACCAACCAGCAGUCCCACUGGAUGCCGGCAGGUCAGCCGGAAAUGGCCGCCGAUACCUGUUCUUUCGUUCCUUACCGGCGAGCGGCUGUUGUGCCAUCCUCCGGCUGUGGCAACGUCGCCGACGCUCGUUUCGUUGACGGAGAAGUUUACGAAAACGUCACCAACUUGGAUUUUGACGAGAAGAAGCCGCGUACCCUGUCCCCUGAUGAAGAGGUGGCCAUUCUAACUAGCCAGUUCCACGGAUCGAUUGCGGCAACGGAUAUGGAUGUCGAAUCUACUCAGAUCGACUCGGAAUCCGACGACAACGAUUCCGUUAUGAGGGCCGUCAACGUGUAAAUCAUUCAUAAGUUACCUAAUCUAUAAUAAUAUUUCACUACCGUGCUGUGUGUUGUAUGGAGCAGUGCCAUUGUAUAUUAAUAUACUGUAACUGUAUGUCUGCUUAA